AUGGACCUUUUGAAGGCUCAUUCAGAAAUUUCAUCUUUGAAGAAAAAUCUUCAAGACUUGAGGUCCAACAAUGAUAGAGAACACCAUAAACUCUAUCAGGAGGCAGUGGAACUUGCAGCUACAAUUGGGCUUGACCCCUGUAAGCCUAGAAUUAUUCCAGUGCAAGCACAUAGAAAUAAUAAUCCAUCAGAUUCUAUUGAAGGGCAUUAUAGAGUUAAUCUUUCUGUUGUUUUUCUUGAUCAUGCUUUAAAUCAACUUGAAACUAGGUUCCCUCCUGAAGCUUAUACAUGUUACAGUGGGUUUUCUAUAGUUCCCACUGUUAUGUUGGCAAACCCAUCCACAUGGAAAAAUUGUGUUACACUAUUUUGCCAACAUUAUUCUAGUGACAUCCCAAAUGUCAUUGGUUUGCCUGCCGAAUUAACUUUAUGGCAAAGAAGAUGGGAAGAUAAGGUUGAGGAAGUUGGUAUAGGCAAACUUCCUGACAGGGUAUCCAAAACACUAAUAUCUGUAGACCCUGUAGCUUUUCCAAAUAUUUUUACUGUAUUAAAGAUAUUGGCAACUAUUCCUGUCACCUCCUGUAGCUGUGAAAGGUCAAUUUCAUCUCUCAGACUUCUUAAGAACUAUUUAAGGAACACUACAGGCCAGGAAAGACUAAAUGGUUUGACCCUAAUGCAUGCACAUAAGGCAAUUUCUCUGGAUUAUGAACUGAUCAUUGAUCUGUUUGCUACCCUUCAUCCAAGAAGAAUGAGAAUGGUGCAUAUUUUAUGUAGUGAUGACUAAAUUGACUAAUUAUUCAUGACUAUAUGACAUGUUAAUUUAUGUACAAAUGUGCAUGAUUAAUUGAAUAUUAAAUGCACAUACAGUAUAUAUUUGAUCAAAUGCAUACAGCCAAAAAGAACAAUAUUAAGCUAGCAACUUAACACACAUGAAUUCAUAAAAUGUUUCACAUUUUGUUAGGCACAUUUGUAUGUGUUUUAAAUAUUUCUCGAUAAUCCCAUCUUUGACUUCUAAGUUUCUUCUUUGGAAGUGGUGGUUUGCUUUGACAUAUACUGAAUAACUGAAAUGUUACUUUGCUAACAAUGGUCAACUGCAUACGAUUCAGAUCAUCCAGUGAUAUCCUAAGAUGUUGUAUAACUUUGAAAGAACAGUGGUAGUUGUGUGCCAAUUGUCAUUGUCAUCUUACAUUACUGACGUGAAGUCACAGUGAAGAUAGCAGAAGAAGAAAUGAACAAUGACAUAUUCAUAUUGAUCAUUGACAUAAAGUAUAAACUUAAAGGUUCUUUUUUAGAGACUGCAAAUGCCUCAAAAAAUAAAUAAAUGAACUUUAAUUGUUAAUUUGUGUUUAUUCCAGGACCUGGACCCCCCUCCCUCCCCUUAGUUAACUCGCGCCUCACGGUGAGAGCUAGUGUUGUCUUGGAAACUAGUCACAAGAACGUCUAGAUCCACCCCUGAGAGACACAAAUUAUAAAAAUUUUCUGGGGGGCAUGCUUCAACCCCCUAGCGCGUAAUGCCUGCCGUAAUCUGCUCACACCCACAGAACUAUAUAAUAUGGAAGGCUGACUCGAGCUCAAAAAGUGAAGCCAAACAUGGCGGAAAUUGAAGGCAUUCUUGCGCGUCAUUCUCAGUCCCCUUACGUGCGCGGUCAACUAAACGUUUAUCUUUUUCUUUACUUUGCGAGUAAAAAUCUGGUGAAAAACAGACGAAAUUUGAAUGGCGCUUUGUUGGGAUCAGUUCUAAAUUUAAAUUAGUUAUUUAUGUAAAAGAUGCGAUAUUUGAGUGGAAAAAAAGCAAAAUAGCGCAGGAUUGUUGUUUUUGUAAGUGACAAAUCAUCUUUCAAAAUAUCUGUAUUGCCCCUAUUGACAGGCGUUUCACAGUCACACAUGAUAAAUAACUCAUUAAAAUAAACAAUUUAAGUUUAUAAGGCAACCAUCAAAGUGAUUUUAUUAAAUAAAAAUAAAAAAACAAAAUUUUCUUACAUGUAUGGAAUUAAAUUGACUAAAAACUGCUUCGAAAACUGCAGUUAAAAAGCAGUUUUAGGACAGGAAAAGAGACUAAGAGACCGGUCAUUAUUUAUAGCGGGGGGUGGCACCGAAGAGAAAUUUUUUUCUUGGUAAGAAUUUUGCUGACCCAACCAUUAAAAAGUCAAAAAUGUUUUUACUCAACCUCAAAUAUCAAUUAAAAAAUUAAUACCCACCCCUGGAAAAAAAUUAUAAAAAGGGAUACUAUUCUGCAUUCUACAUUUUCAUGUUGUCUGCACAUGUGCUUUCUUCGGAGACACCAUUCGCCUCCUUACAAAAAAAAAAUGAUCAAGAUAGUGACUCCGGUUGAUUGAUUGAUUGAUUGAUUUACAUAUUAUAUUGACAUAUGACUGUUGACAUUGCUUUUUAUUUUUCAAUAUUUGAAUAAGUCAUGCUUUGGAAAUGACAAUUUUUUUAUUACCCAACCUUUGAGUUGUUUUGUUUUUCAUUUAUCCAACCUUUUACUCACUCAAAAUUCUCUUCGUUGCCACCCCCCGCCAUAAAUAAUGACCAGUCCCUAAAAUAAGCUAAAUAAUGGUGUGAAAACUGAAAAGCACCAUAGAAACAAGAAAGCGGAACAACCAAAGCAAAAAUAAAUUCCCAACUUAUAAAAAUACAGAUUUAUUCAAAAAAAAAGUUUGAAAUUAGUGUUGAAUUCGCAACAAAAAAUACAGAUUUACUCACACAUACAGUGGGAAAAUGCAGUAGACAGAUCGAUUAGAUGAGGGAAAUCAGGUUUACAUGAAAUAAAUGAAGUUUAUUUCCUUUUUUGCUCUUUUAAAAUGAAGAAAAACACAACCCGAGAGUCACAGACCCAUCACUUCCCGCCAUGAAAUUAUAAAAAAUGUUUGGCCGCGCGGGUAAGGAGACUGGAAAUGACGCGCAAGAAUGCCUUCAAAAUCCGCCAUCAUUGGCUUCAAUUUUUGAUUACGUCACUGAUGAAGUCAGCCUUCCAUUUAUAUAGUUCAAUGCUCACACCUUCGGCGACUGCAUACUAUGCUGGGGGGAGGGCAAGGAAAAUGGGCCCUUUGGCAGUUUUGCCCCACCGCUGAAGAAUCCUUAAAAAAUGAACUGUGUUGAAAAAAUUUAAUAAAAAGUUCAACAGUUGUCCGCAAUUUUGAAAAUAAACGUGUAUGCUAAUUUAUGCCACAAAAUACGUCAUCUGACGUCAUUAGAUGGGUAGACACAAUUUCAUUACUAUAAACAAUACCGCGAGUAUUACCACGCCUAGUGCACUUUGAGCCAAAACAAAAGGCAGAAACGUUUUACCAAGUAUGUAACUUGUUUGUAACACUAUUUCUCAUAGUAUAUAUAGAGAAUAAUACAUGGGUGCGCGGGAAUACCAGAUUUAUUUCGAGUGUUGAACAUGAUAUCUCACGAGUGAGCGCAGCGAACGAAUGAGAUAUCAUGUUCAACACGAGAAAUAAAUCUGGUAUUUCCAAGCACCCAUGUAUUUUUCUGUUUAUUAUAUAAACAAAAUUCAGUGGAAAACAAUAAAACGUCCGUGGCAAUGCGUUUUACAACAAAUGAUAUUUUCACACGUAAAAAUAUCGUAUUUUUUACGUGUGUUUAAAUCCGAUUUUCAGUCAGUGGCCAAAAACUCUAUAUAACACUUAUGUUUAUAUAAUAAAUCCUAUUCCGUGUUAAAUAAACGCAGAAAUUCGAGUGUAACAAGGCAAAUACCAACGCAAUAUUUUAUGAUCAACUAUCUGUAUUUUAAAUUGCGCCAUUCCUUGCUUUCCCAGUAGCUCGAUAUGUUUUUACAUAACGUUUUAUAGAUAUAAAAUAUGUCAUUUUAGAGCGUAGUAUAACGCUCAAAACGACAUAUUUUUAGCUAACAUAACACGCACGCAAUAGAAUUCUCUCUUGUAUAGUUUUGGUGCUACACAUCUAAUGACGUCACAAAUUUCAUUGACUGACCUUCUAGAUAAUUUUUCAAAAAAAUUUCAAGUAGGAUUGAAAUAGCCAAUAAAAAUUUUCGUUGCCAUUGUCCUUUAACAAUUUCAUUUUUAUUUCGAAACAAUAGAAAAUUGAGCAACUUCAAAUACUUUUUCAUCGGCUUGUCUUUUCAAGUGCAUCGUUUUUUAAACCAUAUUAAUUUUCUGAUAUAUUGACUAGCUUUAAACGUAGCCGCAAAAUCUUUAAUCAUCCUUGCGCUUUAAAAAGACCACAUGAUAACAAACAUUCAGACACUGAUUGAUGAUAAUUGAGAUGUAAUUAACAGAUAUCUCCCCGUGAGAAGUGCGAAAAACUAUUACGAGCGCAGAGUUGGCACACGUAUUACUAAUAUUAUGCAGAUUCCAAACAUUACAGAUAUUCUAAAUAUAAUAUGCAGAAUUACGAACAAUGUAUUGCAUCAUUCCUAGCAAAAAAUAUAAUUAAACAAAUUUAACGAAGAGUUUUCAAAUAUAUACCAUGUCCAUUACUUUUUUGUCACUUUCCCAAUAUCUGCAGGAAAACAUUGAUUGAACUUAUGCCGUGCGUCCAUCACACUUUUGUAGCUGAUAAAUCGCCAAUUGUACACGCAAUUAGCACGACUAUGUGUGCACUUACCAGGUAAAAAUUCUCCAAGGUAAUGCUUGUAGAAUGUUUGACUGUAGGUUUUCGCUUUCAAACUAAAGGAAGUAGUGUAUGUGAACGAAUGUCCUCCCUUGCAUGUUAUCGUGACUUUCGCCGGUACUCGUGAAUUAUCAAAUACGUAUCGCUUUGCGAAACCGACUACCAUUGCGGCGCCAGGUGUCUUGUAACUAAUUUCUACACCUGAUCCUGUAGUUGAAGUAGAUCCUGUUGUUUUUUCUCUGGAGCUCCCCCACGUAACCGCGCCACCGGCGGAGGUGCCAACUGUCGCAGAAACGGAUCCACCACUUCCAAAAAAUUUGAAGCUUGCUUCAACAGUGACACUUGCGCUUACCUGCCAGUUCACCUCGGUAGAUUUAGUUGUUCCCAACGUGAGCUCUUCUGUAAGAUCCUUUGAUUGUUGAAGGAUGAGGGUGUGUUGUCCUCCAGAACAACUAGCCGCUGUUGUUACACCAAUAAGUUCCUCUCCGUCGAAUUUUGCUUCGUCCGUAGUAUCGAUAAUCUCCACUUUCGUCGGUUUGCAGCCAGCACCUUUUAUCCAGAACUCGUCCGAUAUGUCCUUUCCACACCGAAAUUCUGCAUUUUUGACAUUUCCCUUAUCGCCUCUCCAAAACAACGGACAGUUUCCAAAACCAAUAGCCCACAGACCAUUAGGUCGUGGUUUUAUGUAGAAAAGAUCUUUGAUGGGCUUUCCGCAACGAAACUGGCCAUUUUUGACAUUCCCAUUAUCGCCAUUCCAGUAUAAAGGGCAGUUGCUGGAACCAAUUGCAUAUCGGUCGCCACGUUUCUUAAUCCACAUAGGAUCUCCUUUAGAAGUACCGCACCGAAACUCGGCAUUCUUCUUAUAACCAUCGUCUCCUCUCCAGAACAAAUGACAGUUAUCUGCAAAACCGAUUUGAAGGUCUGUAGCCCCUACAUAGAUGUCUGGAGACAUCGACGUGGUGCAGGUCACUGUAUGGAAACAUAUAAAUGCUAUGGUAGCAAUCAACUUCAUCUUUAUAUCGGAACUAAAGUAAAUAAAAAGAAAAUUAGAAAUUUGGAAGAAAAAUAGAUAGUUGAUAUCGAAUACGCGCCAAACUGCACAAAAUAUACAUGUAAAAUCGCGCAUCAAUUCGCAAAACGACAUAAAAAUACAUGGUAGUGCGACUGGGGGAGAUAAUCUCAGCGCACCUCGUCUUCUAGCUAAUUUGAUGGGUUAGAAUGGAAUAGAAUAGAAUAUAGUCAAAUAAUACAAGAUGUAAAAAGAUUCCACUCAAUUUGUUGGCUCUAAUUGUGAAACUCGACGGUUUUCUUGUGCCAACACGGGUAGUCCAUUAAUUUCAUUAUCAUGUGAUCAAAUUUGGCGAAUAGUCCGUAUCCAUGCAGACUGUAAGUUGUUGGAUUUUUAAGGCAAGCCCUACGUAGUAUGCAGGUGUCCCAGAAUUUUCGCCCCCCUACAAUUUCGCCCUUCGAACCUCGCCCGAACCUCGCCCGAAGCCCCUCUUUAGGAAAUUCGCCCCCUUUAGAAACUUCACCUUUUCUUCAGGAUUUUUGUCCUCCGUUCAAAAUUUCGCCCUUCCUAAGGGACCGGUCAUUAUUUACACCCAGGGUUGGGGCCGAAGAGAAAAUGGUUGGGUAACUGAAAAUUCUAAGACAUAAUGGGUGGGGUAAAAAAAUUUUUACAGCUCUUAAAGAUGCG